CGAUAUGCAUCUAUUGAAAUUACAUGAAUGCAGUUAAUCCGAGCCGUCGCAUAUUCGCUAGUUCUCCGACAAUCCAACGGUGGUGAUUACUUAGGAGUGAUUACUUAUAUCCUAAACCCUCGCCUUCCGAAUCAGACGCAGACCUUUUCGCCGUUGGUCGACACUCCAAAACCUUCGCAUUUCCCUUUCUCGAAGCCGCGACUCUCUCCGCUGCUAGUAAACGACAAUGUCCGACCACCUUCCCGCCGAUCUCAUCACCAGGAUUCUCCUCCGGCUCCCGGUGCCCGCACUUCUCCGCUGCCGCUCCGUCUCCAAACCGUGGCAGGCACUGAUCGACAGCCCAAGGUUCGUCAAGCUCCAAAUCGCACACUUCGCCGCCACCGGCAAAAACGCCAUCCUCUUCAUCACCGAAGUCGACGGCGCCCACGCCGUCUUGGAAUACGACGACGGCCUCCGACGCCGAAUCGCUAUCACCCCUCGUAGCGGCAGAGAUCCAGUCUCGGGACUCGCCGUUUUGGGCUUCUGCAACGGGUUGGUUUGUCUCGCCCAGGACUGGGAAACGGUGCUCAUAUGGAAUCCGGCCACUAGCAACGUUUACCUGAUGCCGUACGCGCUCCUCCUGAAAUCGAUGAAUACCAAAGUGGGAGUUUACAGCUCCCGCGACGGCAGGCCUGAGGUAAUUUUCAGCCACGGGCAUGGAUUCGGGUACGAUUCCGUCUCCGACGACUACAAGGUGGUCCAGAUCAUCCAAACGUUCAAACCCAGAGAGAGCUCUCUCCAAUCUCUUUUGGUUGGUUACGGGGUUGGGUCGAAGUCUUGUUUUGACAAGGAAUUCCCUUACAUCCUGUUUGGUUCACUGCAGAGAGGUGUGUUUGUGGGUGGGGCGAUUCAUUGGACAGUUGGUAGGAACGGGAAGGUCAGGCUCAGUGGUGACAAUCAUCUGACCAGUGAUAUCAUGAUUGUGGGCUUCGAUUUAGCGAGCCAUGAUUUCAGGGAGGUGCCACUGCCAUGGACAGGCCGCAGAGUUGGGGAAUCUUUCAGGGAUGGUGCUUGGCGAGCUGGGGAGGUGUCUGUGCAUCUUUGCCAGUUACGACGGCAAGUGUGUUGAUGUUUGGACGAUGGGAGACUAUGGUGUGGAGGAGUAAUGGAGCUUAUUGUUCUCGGUUCCACAUCCCGGGCUGCGCUUCAGUGACAAGAUCAAUCCUCUGGGAUUCUCUGUGACUGGUCAGGAGGUUCUUCUGCAGGUGGAUGGCAAGAGGCUUGCUUUGUUUAAUAUCUAGUCUAACCCAUAUUAAUUGGCUUGGAUUGGACAAGUACAACCCACAUUUUAUAUCUUUUCUUCCCUCACAUUCUCUCUCAAUUGUCCUUAAAUGUCUUGUUUUCUUGCCCUAAUAAUCUUAUUACCUGUAUUCUUGCCCUAAUACAUAAAUCCACCCAAUUUGUGAGUAGGCAUAAAUAGUUGUUUCUUAUUGUUUGAUGACAAACCAUAAACAAUUACAUACCCAAUUAGAAUAGGUUAAUACCAAAUCAACCCAAUUGGAAUGCUGUCGGCCACGAGGUCGACAGUCACAUUUGUUUAUUCCUCUUUGGAAAUCUCAUGCCUAAACCAUUUGGCCAUACUUUCAACUCUCAUGCAUGCAUUUGCAUGCAAUUUGGCACGACAAGCAAAUCAUGAGGGCAAAUAACAAAUCAAUUUACAUCCAUAAUACUAAUAGCAUCCUCACUAGUUCACAAUUUGGGGUAGUGAACACAAUUAAGCAAAGGCACACAUCUACCUAAACAAACACCAUUUACAAGCAGUCUCAAGGCUAAUUGUAAUAGUAGGUCAUGGAGCAACAAAAAGGUCCUAAACAACAAACACCAUUUCCAACCAAAAGGUCCCUCAAGGACAAAACAAAAGUAGAAACUGAUAACCUGCAGAUUUGAUUAUGCAUGAAGCAAACAUAUUCUGCAUCACCCUCCAUCGAUCCAUGGCUGCUCCCACCUUACAUAAAGAAUCAGCAGCAAUGUCAGUAAUUGUAAUCCUAACGGGUAGAGGAAACAUUCCAUGGCUGCUCCCACCUUACAUAAAGAAUCAGCAGCAAUGUCAGUAAUUGUAAUCCUAACGGGUAGAGGAGACAUAGAAUGGAUAAGGGAAAUGAUCCAUGGAUUAGUUCAGUUCACCUUGGCUGCUGCAUCCGUACCAGUACUUCAGCUUCAUCGUCAUCUUACAGAGAAUAGUAAUCGAUCUGCAGCCAUGGAAACCGGGGAAUCAAAGGAUGGUGAUCUCUUGAGCACCCUUUCCCUUCUCCAUGUCAAGCCAAACAAGCCUUUCCCCAUCCAAAUGCAGCAGAACUUCAUCACCAUUCAUGGACAGCCCUAGAGGCACCAGCGAGAAAUGAUACGACAAGCCCGAAUUCGGAACAGAGAACAGCUUGGUCCAAGAACUCUCCACGCCGUACUCCUUCAUCAUCCACACAUGAACACUACUCUCCCCCAAGUAGUUAGCCAAAAAUGCACAAGCAGUUCCUCAAUUCCCCAAGGCUCAAGAAGUAGCCGCCACCAUUCCCAUCCCCCAUACUCCGCCGGCUGUGGAACUUCCCGGCAUUGAUUCAGCCCCACAUCAUACGCAACAACAACAAACUUAGAGCGCGAGGAAUCCAUUACCGUCCAAUGCAAUGCCCCACCGACGAAAACCCCCCAAUUUCUGAUUAGUGGAAGCAAGCACGUAAGGGAUUUUAAGUACCUGGCGAGGAAUCCAUUACCUCCAUUAAUUCUUCAUCCAUUCCGACAAAGAAAUUGUGUCAAUGUUC